UGGCACAUACGACCCAUCAUUAAUAGGAGGUGUUAUAAGAUUUGGUUUUUUUGUUGUUUUGUGCUAAAUUUAAGAAUUGUUAAACAUAUAUUAAGAUUAUUUUGAAAAUAAACAGGCGCAAAGUUUGAUUUCCUUCAAUUUUAUUCAAUGAUCAGAAGAAGCAAAUCACGAUCUACAGAACGAGAUAAGUAUGACAAGGAUCGUGAUCGAGAUCGAGGCCGCGAUAAAGAAAAAAACCGAAAUCGUGAAAAGAAGUACAAGGUGGAAAAGCGAAGAUCUAAAUCUCCAACUGGAAAGGAAAAGAAGACUGACAUAUUUUAUCAGCAGCCUAAUAAGGGCAAGGAAUGUCUUUUAGAAAUAAAGAAAGAGGAUAAGAAAAAUUUGAAGGUUGAUAAAACAGUUUUAGAUACAAAGGAUUUUAAAUUAAUAAAAGCUUCCAAAAAAGAGCCUCUUUCUCUAGAAGAGUUAUUAGAAAAAAAAAAGCAAGAUGAGUUUGCCAAAAGUAAGCCUGUAUUCGUAACUAAAGAGCAGCGUGUAGCGCAAGCCUUAGCAAGACGUCAGGCUGAAGUGGCAGCAUUAAAAUCAAUUCAAAACCAUAAAUUAAGUAAAUUUCAACAACCUACAGAAACAGUUACUGCAGAAAAAAGAUUGUACGAUCGGGAUCUUGACCAUGAAAGAGAAAGGGAUAGAGACAGAGAACGAGAUCGGGAACGGGAUAGGGAAAGAGACAAAACCCGUGAAACUAAACGAAACGAAGAAUUAAUUUUGAAAGACAAAGAAAAAGAAUUAGAAGCUAUUCGGGAAAGAUAUUUGGGAAUAAUCAAACGCAAACGUCGUGUUAGAAGACUAAAUGACAGAAAAUUCGUGUUUGAUUGGGAUGCUUCAGAGGACACUUCGGUUGAUUAUAAUCAAUUGUAUAAAGAAAGACAUUACGUACAGUUUUUCGGCCGUGGCAAUAUAGCAGGAAUUGAUAUCAAAGAACAAAAACGUAAACAAAGCAAAUUUUAUGGUGAUUUACUUGAAAAACGAAGAACUGAAGCAGAAAAGGAACAAGAAAAAGUGCGUCUAAAAAAAGUGAAAAGGAAGGAAGACAAACAGAAGUGGGAUGACAGACAUUGGUCAGAAAAAGAUAUAGAGGACAUGACCGAACGUGAUUGGCGAAUUUUUCGAGAAGAUUUCAGUAUAACUAUUAAAGGUGGUAAAGUUCCAAACCCUAUUCGUACUUGGAAAGAAUCUGGUUUGCCUAAAGAAAUAUUAGAUAUUAUUGAUACAGUGGGGUAUAGAGAACCUACACCUAUUCAAAGGCAAGCUAUAUCGAUUGGUUUGCAAAAUCGUGAUAUUAUUGGAGUUGCGGAGACUGGUUCUGGGAAAACAUUAGCAUUUUUAAUACCUUUGUUAACUUGGAUUCAAUCGUUACCAAAAAUGGAAAGGCUGGAAGAUAUAGAUCAAGGUCCUUAUGCCAUAAUUUUAGCACCCACACGUGAAUUGGCUCAACAAAUCGAAGAAGAAACAAUUAAAUUUGGUAAACCUUUAAAUAUCCGCACAGUGGUUGUUGUUGGAGGUCUUUCUAGAGAAGAACAAGGUUUUCGAUUACGUUUAGGCUGUGAAAUUGUAAUUGCUACUCCAGGUCGUUUAAUUGAUGUUUUAGAAAACCGGUAUUUGGUUCUCAAUCAAUGUACUUAUAUUGUUAUGGAUGAAGCCGAUCGAAUGAUAGAUAUGGGAUUCGAAGCGGAUGUACAAAAAAUCUUAGAAUACAUGCCCGUAUCUAAUUUAAAACCUGAUACUGAAGAGGCAGAAGAUGCAGCAAAGUUAAUGCAAAAUUUUUUUUCAAAAAAAAAGUAUAGACAAACUGUCAUGUUCACAGCUACAAUGCCAGCAGCAGUCGAACGCUUGGCUAGAACAUAUUUGAGAAGACCAGCUACAGUUUACAUAGGUUCCAUAGGUAAGCCCACUGAGCGUACGGAGCAGAUAGUAUUUAUGAUGGGUGAAAACGACAAACGCAAAAAGUUAAUGGAAAUAUUGUCAAAGGGUAUUGAACCUCCUGUAAUGAUAUUUGUAAACCAAAAAAAAGGAGCAGAUGUUUUGGCUAAAGGUCUUGAAAAAUUGGGCUUUAAUGCUUGUACACUUCAUGGAGGCAAGGGACAAGAGCAAAGAGAGUUUGCUCUAGCUUCGCUAAAAAGUGGUGCAAAAGAUAUACUUGUGGCAACAGAUGUGGCUGGUCGUGGCAUUGAUAUUAAAGAUGUUUCGUUGGUUAUUAAUUAUGACAUGGCCAAGACAAUUGAAGAUUACACUCACAGAAUCGGGCGUACCGGCCGUGCAGGAAAGACUGGUUGCGCCAUAACCUUUAUUACUAAAGAUGAUAGCCCAUUAUUUUAUGAUUUAAAACAAUGUAUAAUGGCUAGUCCAGUUUCCGUAUGCCCACCAGAGCUGAUGAAUCAUCCCGAAGCUCAACACAAGCCUGGAACUGUAGUCACAAAAAAAAGAAGGGAAGAAAAAAUUUUUGCAUAAAAUUUUUUUAGUUUACGUAUGUAUUUCAAGUUCUUUUAUAAAAAUGUGUAAAGAAACAAACAUAUUUUUAAACCAAAUGUAGAAGAUAUUUUUAGUUUA